AUGUCGAGCCGAAGCAGCUGGGGUAAUUGGUCGUCCUGGAACCACAGUGUCACCCCAGCAACCGUCGGCAGCUUCAAUCGCAUUGUUUUAGCGCGUUUCACGUUCAAGCGCUGGGCUGUGGUGCCGACCGUGGGCCAGUUCAGUUCGUCAACUCCCAAUCGACUCGCAGGCUUUACACGAGCUAUGAGCCCUUUUGCAAGAAGUGCUGAUGAGGAGACGACGGAUCUGUGCAGACCCGGACAGAACGUUUCGUCGGAUAGUUGCUACACCUGGCAGACAGAGCAUGCUUUCGAUCAUGCAGGGGGAUACGUUUCAUUCCUUGACCCGAUGGAGGGUGAGCAAGCCUACGACGCAUUGUUGGACAGCAUGUACGAAGCCAACGCGUUCGAUCUAAGAUUGGGCUCCUUUACGGUAGACUUCAUCGUCUACAAUGCCAACGUCGACAUGUUUGUCCAGUUUGUCCUCCACUUCACCUUCGAUUUCGCCGGCAACAUCGAAAUGACGCAGAUAGCGCGAAGCUUCAACCUGAAUGUAUUCAACACGGAUGUCUUGCUCUAUCUGGUCUUUUACAUCAUUCGCAUCGCCUGUGUCGUUAUGCUGGUCAUCUUCCUUCUCAUCGAGUUUCGACGGAUGUGGGACCUUGGGUUCUUCCAGCACUUCAGGAGGCAAGGGGCAGCAACGGACCUGGUUUCCAUCACCGUAUCGCUUGGCGUUUUCCUGUCCUACUGGGUGAUCGAGCAGAUGCCAUCAUUUUCUCAGUUCCAAUUCGAGGACCUGCAACAUCCGGACACACGAGCAGCCACCUACGUUUCUCUCUGCGAGGUUGCCUCAAGCCUGCAGGAUCAAGGUCUUCUCAUUGCUCUUAACCUGCUUGUGGUGAGUUUGAGAACCGUGAGCCUCGUGUCCGGCUUGCACAGCAACCUCGGCCUCAUACAGCAGGUUCUUCAUGUCUCCUUGCCGAAUUUUGUUGCCUUCUUUGGCAUGUUCAUGAUGCUACAGGCCGGCUUUGUGCUCAUGAGCUUCUUCGCAUUCGGAUCCGGGUAUUUGGGGAUGAGUGAUAUCGGCCUCUGCAUCUACAAAAGCUUUGCGAUGCUGACCGGUGACAUGGUUUUCGAUGACAUCUACCGGGUGGAUGAGAUCUUGGGCACCAUUUACUUCUUUUUCUUCUACAUCCUGUUCUACUUGGUGCUCAUAAACAUUUUCGUGACCCUUCUGAUGAGCGGUUAUGAUGUCGUUGAUUAUGAGCUGCAGAAGAGGGGCCUGAAUGAAAAGGAGCAAAACCCGAUCACUCUCAUCUUCGAAGAGCUCAAAGCAGACGUCGUCGGAAACAUCUUGAAGUACGGUGCCACGGUCAUCAAGUAUGCAACGAUUUGCCUGGACCCUAUUGUGGUAUCCAUCAAGGCAUGCUUCUUUUGUUCAACGCCGAGCUUUCUGACCUCGGGAGUCAGGACGAAGCAACGCACGGCUGGCGCGGCAGAUGUUCAUGAUGCGCAAGCACAGAAUUCAGAGGUUCAACAUGAUCCAGAGCAGCAGCUUCGAAGGAAUCUCGUGGGCUUCACAAGCAUGAUCGUUUUCAUGGCCGUGUGGAUCACCUUAAUGACAUUGCAGGGUCGAGGUGUUGACAGCUUUCUUGCAUCCAAGGCCACGCUGCAAGAAAGUGCUUUGGACGUCAUGUUCUCCAGGGAUGACAACCUCAAGAACUUCGACAGCAUCCACACUUUCGCUGACGUCAAGCCAUGGGCCGAAGCAGCGAUUGUCGGGCUCUACAACAACCCUACGUGUGCGGAGCAGACGGCCUCUGGAGGCAGUUGGCAAAGCGAUGCCGACUGCAACAGUGCAAACAACUCGCAACAGCUCAUCAAUCGCAUCGCGAACUGGAACAUCGGCUUUCUGAACACAACCUUCGUGCGGCUGACAGUUCAGCCAGCUUGCUUCGUGGCGACUUCAUCUCGAUGGGCUGCCGGGUCACCCACUUUGCGGAGAACACCAAAUGUCGAAUGCUGGAACUCGGUGUGCACUGACGUGUUUUCACACGAGCUGUGCAGAACUGCCGAUGGGCAGAUUCUGGACACUGCGAGCUUGUCCAUGGCCGUGAACCUCACCUCCCAGCUUCCGGAAACCUUCAAGUUUCAGUACGAUGUGCCCUCCAAAGACCUGGGGCCUUUUCGAAUGCUGGGUGGCCUGGCAUUUUCCUUGGGUGUCACUGCAGCCCAGUGCCAGGAGAUGCUUUCUCUACUUGAUGCAGACAGAUGGUUCAGUGAAAACUCUGCCUCUAUGGUCUUUGACUGGAUCAGUUACAACGGCAAUAUGGAUCUAUUUACGCACAAUGUCGUCGGGUUCAGUCUUAUGCGGACGGGCGUGAUGAUCAGGUCCACAGAGUCGAAAACCUUCCCAAUGAAUGUUGACACAGGAGGUGGCUAUUUCCAUUUGCAGACCUUGGUCCUGAUGCUGUUUGGAAUUUAUGCUGCACUCCUCUUGUAUCACAUCGUGGAAAUGUGCAGGACCAUCCACCAUGAGUUCAAAAGGUCCCGCUACAUGCAGAAGCCUUUCAGCAGAUUUCUUGCAGAUUUCCUGUCCCAGACAUGGAACGUGGUGGAUUUGCUGUCCCUCCUCAUCUCUUCUGCAACAUUCGUGACAUUCAUCGUCUUUGUGAUGAACACGUUCAGAGCCCAGUACCAGUUCAGCGUGGAUGACCUGGCCAAGUAUGUGGUGCCAAAUGACGCCGCGCAAGCUUUUGCCAUGCCCCAGGCGGUCAACCCUGUUCGAUACCUGGAGGAUGAUUGGUACUUCUUCAAAGAGUUCGAGCUUGUACAGGGCAUUUACAGCAUUUUCCUGCAGUUUGCUGCGCUGAAUAGCCUCUUCAUUGCCAUCAAGACCAUCAAAAUCGUCAACAGGUUUGGGAAGGUCAGCAAGUUCAGCCAGACCUUGGCCAAGGGCAGGAGCCGGAACAUGUACUUUCUCAUCGUCAUCAAGCUACAGAUGGUGGGCUUUGCCUUGGCAAUGACGGUAAUCUUCGGUACGAUGGUGGAGGGAUUCAGCAGCCCCAUUGCGACCAUGGGCUCUCUGCUGUACUGGGUUUGUGGUUGGGCAGACCUGGAUCCUCUCUUGCAGGCAAGUCCCAUCCUUGCGAUCCUCUUCUUCGUCGCUUUCAUCGUCAUCUUCCGAUUCAUCAGCACGAACAUGUUCCUAGCCACCCAGCUCAACACGUUUGCGGACUUGGUUGGCGAGAGUGACAUUUUGGCAGCAAAGCGUGCUGCCAGCGCCAAGACGGGAAUCAAGGAGGUCAGGUACGGCAGCAAGAAGGAGCUCCAGGAUGAUCUGGAGCUCGAGCGCCAAGGCGAGAAUCAGGUUUUCGUGAAGAAAAUUCUGGGAACCGGCCCCGCCGUACAGAAGAACGUCUUGCUGGGGGACGUGGUCUCCAAGGUGAACAAGCAAAAAAUGGACUGGCGAACGGAGCUGACCGAAGAUGAUUACGAGCACAUAGAGCGCUCUUUGAGGCCAGACAAGGACGGCUCGCUCACGAUCGUCUUCCAGGAUGCUCCGAAGAAGUCCUUCAUGCAGACGCUUGCUCAGGUAUGCUGCAGAUGUGUCGGCGUUAGAAAGAAGGUGAAGCCCGGUCGCCAAAGCUCGGCCGAGUUUGCCACGACAAAGACACCGGCUAUGAGGCCGACAGUGCGGAACUUUUGGCGAUCUCACGGUGCGAUUGCAGAGGUCGAAAAGGAAUCGCUUGCGGAUGGGAUGCAGGAGGAAAAGGAUGAGGAAGAAAGUGUCAACAGCGAGGGAGAGGACGGCGAAGGUCUAGAAGACCGACAACUGUUUGAGGAUGUUCCACAGGAAAGAUCCAGACUAGCAAAAACUCGAGUGAAGAAGAGGCUUGAUGGGUUCCUUUUUUCCCGAUGGCCUGAAGGAAAAGCUCCGAAGGAGGCGUCCGCUUUGCCCUCGGCUACUCAACAAUUGGAAGGCCACGACGAGUCUCUGCAGCUCCAGGAGGAAGACAUUUUGCAGGAGGGUUGGGACAUUGACGAAAUGGCAGACAUCGUAAAAACAAUGCGGAUAAGCGGGCAGGAGGUUUGGCUGGACUGUUUGCUGGUGGCUUUGGAGGAGGAGGUACUGGAGGAAUCCCCAAUCGUUGAGGUGCUACGCACGAACGAUUUGCAGGACGUAUCCAAGGACAAGCUGAAAGGACCAGCGAGGGAGCGGCUGCUCAAAUUUUAUCGCCGGUUGGAUCAGGUGCUGAAGAUCCUGGAGAACAAGUCAUACCGCAAGUACUAUCAGAAUCUGCUGGCGGAGAGCGUUCAACGCCAGCAGCACUUCCAGCAGCAGAAUGAGGUUCUUCAUGAUUAUGUCUGUGAGUUGGAGAAAGAGUUUGCUGACAUCAGCGAUGCGAUCUACAACUACCGCUCCAAGAAGGAGUUGAUGCUCACGAAGCUGGCUGGUUUGCUGGACAGAGGGGUACUCACACCUGGCGUCCAGAAGAGGCAGAAGUUCAAGCAAACAGUGAGACGAUACUGCAGUGCGGUGCUUGAAUUACCAUCGUCUGCUGGCACAUCGAAGUUCUGGAGCUCGGACAAGUUCCGCGCGAACUCCGUAGAGUGGAACAUCCAGGACUCCGUCAAGUGCAUGCAGGAGAAAUUCGUUUCACAAGUAAAUGAUCCGAUGCGUGCGAAUCAGCCGCGUACUCGGAAGGAGCUUACGCAGCGCUUGAUAGCCCAUGAUUGGCAGAACGGAGAUCAGUCCAUUGUGGAUCCUGCGAGCCAGCAGGUUGGAGAAAUGAGACCUGUGGCGGUUGCCGCCAAAAGACGGGUGAAGAGGCGGCGAAGGCAGAUAGGUGGCUCUGAAACGGUUGAAGGCACUACUACUUCGGUGCAGCCGCAGGAAACAUCCGUGAAGAUGCAAGACAGUGAUGACAGCCUUCAAGCUGAAUGUGGCUUUGACCUCGCAGAAGAGGAGCUGCGACAGGCCAUGCAGAAACUUCUGUCUUCUCACGGGCAGCAGGAGGCAAGCCCACUGGCUCCAAACCAACGUGAGGAUGGACCAGAUACUGCGACGGAAGCGGCCGAUGAGGCAGUUGCCGUGGUGAAUCCUGAAAUUGAGGCCCUCAAGUUUCAGGUUCAGCAGGCGAUGAGAAGAACGGCGCAAGCACAGAUGCGACUGCGCCGCAAGAAAGCAGAAGAGAUUCUGCUCACUGGGCUGGUGAAACAUUGCGAAGCGGCCUGCAAAGUCUACCGCGCACGAAGCGAUGUCACUUAG